GAACGAUCACAUUGCGCGUGAAAAUCCGAACAACUGGAGCAAACUGUUCAAGUUGACUGGCAGCAGCAGGAGGGUGCGAUCUGCGAUCACGCUCUAUGCUAUUGACCACGAGGACCUCGGCGACAAGUCCCGCCACCACCACCGCCCUACCCCGGUGGUGUGGUGACCGGGCUGGGAAGGGUGAUCUCGUUUGUGCGUGUGUGCGCAGAGGGGACAUGUUCUGUGUGCAGUAUAGUAUAGUCGCGACGCAUUUCGCACAUUUGGCGGCAUAUUUUGUGAUUCUGGUGCCGGCGACGGUGUACUAGUAUAUAUAAGAAACUAGAGGGCUAGGCCAAGCCAUCAGUUGUAGUUUAAGAUCGCUCUACGUUCAUGUAGAGCUUUUUUCACGUUAGUUGCGUAUUUGGUCCGUCGAUCGCGUUAGUCCUUGCGAUUUCGGGAAUUUGGUGCUUCGGUUACUGGCGGGUGUGAAAAGUGUGUUUUUUUUUAUUUCUGCUGAAAAUUUAGUGAACGUACUGCAUCAACAUGAAGCAUUUCGCUACAAUCUUGAUUGUAGCUUUAGCAACGACUAGCUUGGCGCACCCAGCGCCAGAUUGUCCACCAGGUGGCCAUGGCUACUCCUACCCUGCACCAGAAGUACAACUAUCCGUUGGAAAAGCGAUUAAUAGCGUUAGCGUCACACCAGGGUUCUCAUCUUACUCUGUAGGUGGUGCAGUGAAAUACGCUUCAGUUGGACCAUCGUACAGCUCGUACGAGGCAUCUCCAGCAUAUUCUGCCCAUGGAUUUGGAUCUGACUUGAAAAUCGCAAGUUACGUUCCUGCCGUCAAAACUGUUGCUGCUACACCUGGUGUAGUUUACGCGGAUAAAUCUUCGGCAGCAUCAUUUGCUUCAGUAAUCCCUGCCACCAAAGUGGUAUCCGCUGCUCCUGCUUAUGUAGCUCCAGCUGUAACAACCAAAGUUGUUUCUGCCGCGCCAGCGUAUGUCUCUAACGAAUAUCUGCCCCCAGCGAAGGCGAUUGUAUCAGCCGGACCAGCAUACUCGUCAUAUGUCUCGACGCCCGCUGUUUCGGCCUACUCUGCAACUCCUGCAGUAUCUUCCUAUGUAUCUACACCAGCAGUGAGCAAAUACGUUAGUGCUCCGGCCUACAGUUAUGCUGCUACUGCUCCAGUUACUAAAUACGCUACCUAUUCUGCUCCAGUAGCCAAGGUCGCUACAUAUGCCGCUCCUGCUGUCAGCUACGCUGCUCCAGUUGCUAAAAUUGCAACAGUGUCCGCUCCAGUUGCUAGCUACGCUGCCUACGCUCCGGCUGCCAAGAUUGCAUAUGCUGCCCCUGCAUCUUACGCCUCAUCCUAUUCAACUUCCUCUAAAGUAGCAUAUGCUGCUCCUGUAACCAAAUACGCUAGCUAUGCCGCUCCAGCUACCUAUGCUUCCUAUGCCCCAGCCGCAAAACUGGCCUAUGCUGCUCCAGCAGUUUCUUAUGCGGCCGCUGCACCCGCAGUGACAAAAUACGUUUCCUCACCUGCUGUUUCGUCGUACUAUGCUGCUCCUGCUGUUACUAAAUACGCUACCACUCCUGCUCUAUCUGCAUCGUAUGUCUCUGCUCCAGCUAUUGCCAAGGUUGCCACAUAUGCGGCUCCUGCCGUUACUCAAUAUGCUCCAUAUUCAGCCCAUGCUUAUGCUCCGGCUGUUUCAUCUUCUUACGUAUCAUCUCCUGUUGUUUCUAAAGUUGGUUAUGCUACUCCUGCUGUUGCUAAAUAUGUAUCGACCCCAGCGAUUUCAGCUUAUUCUGCUUCUCCAGCUGUAUCUUCUUACUAUUCUUCCCCUGCUGUGUCGAAGGUACUUGCUACUCCAGCAUACUCUUCAUAUGUUUCAACCCCAUCCAUUGCCAAGGUUGCAGCUGUUCCAGCUUAUUCGGCGUCCUAUGUUGCCCCAGCCGUUACAAAGGUUGCUGCUGUUCCUGCUUACUCGACCUCGUAUGCUGCUCCAGCUAUUGCUAAGGUUGCCGCUGUUCCCUCCUACUCCACAUCGUAUGUGGCGCCAGCCAUUGCCAAGGUUGCUGCAGUUCCUGCCUAUUCUUCUUCAUAUGCUGCUCCAGCGUAUUCUGCCUCUUAUGCCGCUCCAGCUAUUGCCAAGGUUGCUGCUAUUCCUGCAUAUUCGGCUUCGUACGUUGCUCCUGCAAUUACAAAGGUUGCUGCUGUUCCUGCUUACUCAGCUGCUUAUGCUGCUCCAGCUGUCACGAAAUUUGCUGCCACUCCUGCAUAUUCCGCUUCAUAUGUUUCAGCUCCGGCUAUUGCUAAAGUUGCCACGGUUCCAGCUGUUUCUGCAGCCUAUGUCACACCUGCUGUAACUAAAUAUGCAUCUGCUCCUGCCGUUUCAAGUGCCUACAUAUCGUCUCCAGCCGUUGCUAAAUAUUCCACUGGUCCAGCCUAUGCUGCGUAUAGUGCCGGACCAGCAUAUGCUGCUUAUAGCGCUGGACCAGCUGUAUCCAAAGUGGCUGUUGGACCCGCUGUGUCUGCCUACAGCACCGGUGCUGCUUUCUCUAAGAUAGUUUCCGCACCGGCAUAUUCCAGCUAUGUAAGCUCUCCAGCAGUUUCCAAGGUUGUCGCAACUCCCGCUAUCGCUGCAUACAGCGCUUCUCCAGCUUAUUCUGGAUACUCUGUUGGCCCAGCCGUUACAAAAUAUGCUGCCGGACCUGCUAUUGCGGCCUACUCAUCUUCUGGCGCCGCUCACGGAUACUAUACUGGAUCGGGUCUUUCCUCCGCCCAUUAUGGAGGCAUUCGAUAUGCUGCUGCUGCACCUGCUAUCACCUCUACCUAUGCCACUGCUCCAGUUGCCACAAUUGUGAAAUCGGCGGUACCAGCAACUAUUGUGAAAACGGUUGCUGAGAAACAUGUGGAAUAUUACGAUGACCAUCCUCGAUAUGCCUUUGAGUACGGCGUUAACGAUCCAUUGACUGGUGAUAACAAACACCAGCGGGAAGAACGUGACGGAGAUGUCGUCCGCGGACAGUACUCUCUAGUCGAACCUGACGGUAACGUGCGCACUGUUGAUUACUAUGCGGACUGGGCCACCGGUUUCCAUGCUACCGUAACCAAUAGCCGAGAUCAAGUCCAUGCGACCAAAGUGCUGGGUAAACGUGCCGUAGUGAAAGCGUAAACGCUAGAAACGUAUACCACCUUUAAAGCCACGACAAAAAAUGUGUAUAAAUGUUUUGUUAGUUUUUAGAAAGUAAGUAACGAAAAAGUGCCCAUGCAAAUUAUUUAUUGAUCGAAGUAAUAUGCCAGCCAUUAGCGAGAGAAAGAAUGACGAAGACCUUUUUAAUUGAAUGUUUAUUUUUAUCGUCCCAUUAGUUACAUUUUCUGUUAUAGUUUCAAUCCAUGUUCAGUGUCUUGUAAAUACUAAUUUCUAUCAAAAGUAUUUUCCUACAUUCUCCUAUCCUUUUCCACCUGUUGAACUCAGUAUCCUUUUUGUAUCAUCAUCUUUAAAAUCACCAAUAUCGACUUCUACGUCAGAAUGCCAGCAAAAAUAAUGAACAGCAAGUAUUUGUUUCAUUUAAAUGGAAAACGCAUGAUUUCAAUGUGAUAAAUGUGUCAUAAAGUAAUAUUUGUAUUUUGUCUAAAUAAAAUGAAAACUAAAUAAAAAA